AAGAUUCGCCGAACUGUUGGCAGCAGUUUCAAAACACGUUCGAACCGGAGUCGCCGAAGCGGGAGAAAGUAAUAUAAUAGUCCUCUCAGAAUUCAGGGUAAUAACAGUAACUGCUCAACGUUAGUGUGACUAGAUAGAUUUUUCAACAUGAGUAAUUUUCACUCUCCCAUGAAAUGCAUAUCUUCCAACGCAAGAGUUUUAACGCCCAAGCCGCAGGUGCAACAGUUACUGGAGCUGAGACAAACGCAGAGCAAAGCCCGGCACAGUAUCAUAUGGUUCUUUGUCAAUAGCGUGUUGUUGAGCAUCGUAAUGUUUGACAUAUUCUACGGCGGAUGGAUAUACAAACCGGUUUACUGGAUCGAGUGGUGUUUAGCAUCUAUAUUUGCUUUGAAUGCUUUGUACCACGUUGUACACUAUACCUGGGCCACCUUGAGUCUGAAGCCGAUUACACUCGGCCCUAAACAAAGGCCGCUUUUAGGAGUCUCGGAAGAUGAUCCCCUGUUCAGGGACGAGGUGCCGCAGAGGCAGACGACUCCGGAGCCGAGUCCCUCGUUGAACUUGUCCUGCAUAAGCCUUAACAGGCGUUCAACGACUCUUGGCUCGUCAGUUCUGAGCGACAAGGAUUACUCGACAUCAGUUCCAUUUCUUAAAUACAGCAAUUUGGCAUCUCCUAGAGCGAUCAUGUGCUCCAAUGGAUCGCUCAAUAAAUCUACCAACAUUUCUUUAAACAACAGCCUGGCGAACGAGGAUCUCAUUCAGGACGAAUGUGAACUUGAGAGUUAUCUCAAAGAGGUCGAGCAGCAGAGAAAGUGUGCAUUAUCCACGAACGUCGAUCAGCCCUCUAAUCUCUUGAGUUCCUUCUGGUCUCAUCCUGCUACUCGAAGCCCUAGCGAGGUAUCGCCAUUGUUAAGAAGAUGCGCUUAUCAACUUGCACCUACAAUAGAUAAAACAAAAGCGACCAGCCCGGCUGAGGAAGGAAGUUCUCCCAGAGGCACAUUUGGUGCACUAGAUAUAUGGAGAAAGUACAGAAUUGAUUCCAACAAAGUGAACGAAUGGACAGCUAAUCUUCGGAUGUGGAUCAGCAAGACAGUCGUCGAACGUGUGGCUUUGGAAAUUGACGACAUAUGCGCAACAUUAGUACGCCACGGCUUGAGCGACUCGCAGCCGGGCCACGUAGGGCUGGAUAGACUCAGGAAACUCGCACAAGCGCAAUUUUUUGUCUGUGUGAUUCCUACUUUGCCAACGUUGGUCCCCUUCCUGGAGCUCUGCAAUAAUCAGGAGUACCUUGUGAAGAGAAUAAAAGCACUUGCAAAGGGAGGAUCCAUGAGCGAAUUUAAAUGGAACGGUGGUGGAUCUCACAAUGGUAAAGAAUGGGACUCUAGCCUGCCAACGGAUUCUGCGAUAAUAAUGCAUCUAAUUUCGACCUACAUGGACACACAAUUGGAAGCGCCCUUGGAUCAACCGGACGCCAGGCCGUUUACAUCGAGAUAUAUGGCGAGAUCUGGCAUGGAACUGCCGCGAAACAAGGGCCCGAUAAUAGUCUGUCAAUCUAUAAAUCCACCGCACUACAGCCUAGCACUGUCCGGCGAUUCUCUUCCGAGCGACUACGAGGAAGUACAACGGGGACGCAAUAAUUUGUUCCACACACUCUUACUCUUUUUAUACAUAGUCAAAACGCGAGAUCAUGGCAUGUUAGGACGAGUUAAUGCAGGAUCUUCCGGAAUCAAUAUCCUAUGGGUGAUAGACGGCUAAACGCAAACAAUUUUCGUAUUUGCUGGCUAAUGGAGAUAAUAGGACAAAAAAAAUUGACCAUAAUACAGGAUCAGACUUUCUAUAAGACUGUGUUUAAUAUGUUGCCCGUGAUAUGUCAUAUUGUUUGUGUAUAUAGUAUUGAUUUAACAAAAGGCGACUAAAUAAAUGUUCAUAUUCUAAAAAGGUUGGUUACAUUGACAAUGAGCACUCAAAUGAUUUCUUUAUUCUUGUUGCUAUAUUUGAAGAUAAUAGAAAUUACGAUCUCUGUUAUAAGUUUGCGAUUCUUUCUGCUUGUAAUUCUUUAAUGACAAAUACCAACCUAUGUAUCUCUCUUGCCAAAAUCUUGUCAGAACUGAUAGUUCGUCAAACGUCUGUGAAAAAUGUACAUACUGCAAUUGAAGAUGUUUCGUUAGUUAUAACUAUUGUAAGAUUACUCAUUGUCAAUCGUUAUCACUUGCGUAAAAAUUCGAAUAAUCAUUUCAAUCAAUUUUUUACACGCCUGAUAAGACGAAAGGAAGAAAUGUAAAAGAAACAAUCGAUUAUACGUGUGAACUUCUCUUUCUUAUUGUUACAAUCAACUUAUCAUUGAAACAUAUUCAAUAAUGAUUCGAUGAUAGAGUAAAUCGUACUUAAAAGAAGUUCUACAAUUUAUAAAUUGUACUAUUCUUUGGAUUACUCUUAUAAUGUAAAAUUGCAAAGGGGAUUGUUUCAUCACGAACCAAUUGUAUACAACAAAUUUAGUAACUCCGAUAUAACCAUAAACCACGAUGUAAGAUUAGAACAAAUACUUUAUUUAUUAUAACAAAAACUUUGUAAGUAAUAAGAAUAAAGAAUCAUGUCUCACA